UGGAUGGCGCCAUCCUAACAGCGUGUGUUUGUACUAGCUUGCUAGAGCUGACACCAGCAUAGUUUUGAUAUUCCAGAACAGACUCAUUUUAGAAGAGGUCGCCCAUGGACAUCCAAAGUGCCAGCUCGGUGGUCCUGCAGGCCCUGACCCAGGCCACCAGCCAGGACACGGCCCUGCUGAAGCCGGCCGAGGAGCAGCUCAAGCAGUGGGAGACGCAGCCCGGCUUCUACUCUGUGCUGCUGAAUAUCUUCAACAACCACAUGCUGGAUGUGAAUGUGCGCUGGCUAGCGGUCCUUUACUUCAAAAACGGGAUUGACCGCUACUGGAGACGGGUCGCACCACACGCUCUCUCAGAAGAGGAGAAGACAUCCCUGCGCGCCGGCCUCAUCACCAACUUCAACGAGCCCGUCAACCAGAUCGCCACCCAGAUCGCGGUGCUGAUCGCCAAGGUGGCGCGGCUGGACUGCCCGCGGCAGUGGCCCGAGCUCAUCCCCAUCCUGCUGGAGUCGGUGAAGGUCCAGGACGGGCUGCGGCAGCACCGGGCCCUGCUCACCUUCUACCACGUCACCAAGACCCUGUCCUCCAAGCGCCUGGCUGCUGACAGGAAGCUCUUCCAGGACCUGGCGUCGGGUAUCUACAGUUUCGCCUGCUCGCUGUGGAACCAUCACACAGACUCCUUUCUGCAGCAGAUCUGUGCCAGGGACGAGGCAGCUGCCCUCAGCUCGCUGGAGAGGACACUGCUGUCUCUGAAAGUUCUGCGGAAACUCACUGUUCACGGUUUCAAUGAACCGCACCAGAAUAUGGAGGUCAUGGGCUUCCUGAACGCCGUGUUUGAGAGACUGAGGCAGUUCCUGGAGUGCUGCAGGCAGGUGGGUCCUGGCAGUGUCUGCAGAGAGAAGCUGGAGAAGACCAUCAUCCUCUACACAAAAGUUCUGCUGGAUUUCCUGGAGUACCACCCCUUCCCCUUCAUCCCCCUGAUCCAGCGCUCGCUGGAAUUCGCCGUCAGCUACGUCUUCACUGAGGUGGGCGAGGGCGUGGUCUUCGAGCGCUUCAUCGUGCAGUGCAUGAACCUCAUCAAGAUGAUCGUCAAAAACGACGCCUACAAGCCCGCCAAGAACGUGGAAGACAGCAAGCCCGAGAGCCUGGAGGCACACAAGAUAAAGACGGCCUUCUUCACCCACCCGACCCUGACAGAAAUCGGCCGCAGGCUGGUGUCCCACUACUUCCUGCUCACAGAGGAAGAGCUGGCUAUGUGGGAGGAGGACCCCGAAAGCUUUGCCGUGGAAGAAACGGGUGGCGACUCCUGGAAAUACAGUCUGCGGCCCUGCACGGAAGUGCUGUUCUUGGACAUUUUUCACAACUACAGUCAGACGCUGACUCCUGUGCUGCUGGAGAUGGUGCAGAAUCUACAAGGACCAACUAACGUGGAGGAGCCGGUGGCCCUGCUCAUAAAGGAUGCAGUGUACAACGCCGUGGGACUGGCGGCCUACGAGCUGUUCGACAACGUGGACUUUGACCUGUGGUUCAAGAACCAGCUGUUGGGGGAGCUCCAAGUUAGCCAUCACAGCUAUAAGCUGAUCCGUCGCAGAGUGGUCUGGCUCAUCGGGCAGUGGAUCUCCGUCAAGUUCAAAUCGGACCUGCGGCCGCUGCUGUACGAGGCCAUUCUGAGCCUCAUGCAGGAUCCGGACCUGGUGGUUCGGAUUGAGACGGCCACAACGCUGAAACUGACCGUGGAUGACUUUGAGUUCCGGACCGAGCAGUUCUUACCGUACCUGGAGUCCAUCUUCGGCCUGCUGUUCCAGCUGCUGCAGCAGGUCACGGAGUGCGACACCAAGAUGCAGGUCCUCCACGUCAUCUCCUGCGUCAUCGAGAGGGUCAACAUCCAGAUCCGGCCCUACGUGGGCUGCCUGGUGCAGUACCUCCCCCUCCUGUGGAAGCAGUCGGAGGAACACAACAUGCUGCGCUGUGCCAUCCUCACCACCCUGGUCCACCUCGUGCAGGGCCUGGGGGCGGAGAGUAAGAACUUGUACCCCUUCCUGCUUCCUGUGAUCCAGCUGAGCACUGACGUGUCCCAGCCCCCUCACGUCUACCUGCUGGAAGACGGCCUGGAGCUCUGGUUGGUGACUCUGGAGAACAGUCCCUCCAUCACCCCAGAACUUCUCAGAAUCUUCCAGAACAUGUCGGCCCUUCUCGAACUCAGUUCCGAAAACCUGAGGACGUGUUUCCAGAUCAUCAAUGCCUACACUUACCUGUCGGCCACCGAAUUCCUGCAGAACUACGCAGAGGCCCUGUGUCGCUCCUUCUGCGACCUGCUGAAAGACAUCACUACAGAGGGUCAGGUCCAGGUGCUCAAGGUUGUUGAAAUUGCCAUAAAGGUGAGCCCCAUGCUGGGGUCCCUCAUGUUCCAGCCUCUCUUACCUGCGGUUUUCCGAGGCAUCGUGGAUGGAGAGAGGUACCCUGUCGUGAUGUCCACAUACCUGGGCAUUACAGGAAGAGUCCUUCUGCAGAAUUCCAGCUUCUUCUCCACGCUGCUCUCUCAGAUGGCCAUGGACCUCGGCCAAGAGACGGACCAGCUCCUCGGGAGCAUGAUUGAGAUGUGGGUGGACCGCAUGGAUAACAUCACCCAGCCAGAGAGAAGGAAGCUGUCGUCCCUGGCCCUGCUCUCUCUCCUCCCCUCAGAUAACAGCGUGAUCCAGGAUAAGUUCUGUGGCAUCAUCAACAUCUGCGUGGAGGCCUUGCACGACGUGAUGACAGAGGACCCAGACUCAGGGACGUUCAAAGAUUGCAUGCUGAUGUCCAGCCUGGAGGAGCCGAAGCUGACAGACGAUGAGGAACCUCCUACGGAGCAGGACAAGAGGAAGAAGCUGCUCGCCUUGGAGGACCCGGUGCACAGCGUUUCUCUGCAGCAGUUUGUGUACGAGAAGCUGAAGGCGCAGCAGCAGCUGAUGGGGGAGCAGGGCUUCCAGGCGCUGAUGGAGACCGUGGACACGGAGAUCGUCCGGCAGCUGCAGGAGUUCCUGCAGGGGCUGUGAGCCCGCCCGCGGGGCCACGCCCCCCGGGCACGCCCCGGCCACGCCUCUACCGGCAAAACAUUGCCAGAGCUUCCACUGCACCGGCUUCCCUCUCCCUCCUUCCUGUUGUUAGCGUGGGGAUGGGCUGCGGGGGGUGGGGGGCUUCAGGCAGACACUCUGGACUCUUCUCUCCGGGAAGCCAGUUUGGGGGAGUUUCCUGUUUGCCAGCGGAAAGACCUAAUCAGUGUUUACAGAUAUAUUCUUAACCGGAAAAAAAAAGAUCAGAAAUGUAAUUUUGUAUUUAUGUAAAGUAUGGAGGAUAUUUUGCAUGAUAGCAUUUUUUUCUCAUAUUCUCACACAUAUGCACACACACACACACACUCAAGCAGUCAAGAACAGCACCACUACUAAGAUCAGCUAUCUCUAUAUAUAUAUUUUUGAUUGCUCUUUAAUUUUUCCUCUCAUUAUCGGAAGACAGGAUGUCUUCCACCGCCAAACGAGAGAUGCGCUGUAUUGCUGCACUUCGCCAUGUUCCUCACACGUUGGAAUGAUAUUAACCAGAGCUGCUGCUCCGCUCUCCGGCCCUUUUCACAAAAGGCUCGCUGGAGCUCUAGAUAAACCAAAAAAAAAAAAAAAAAAACGCUACACUACACUGUUUCAUCUCAUGAGGGUGACUGCACUGUAUCCGGCUGCAACGGGACGUUACCGUCCGGACGAGAGGAUGAACUCAUGCCGGGGAGUGACGUGGUUGAAGUCGGGCUGCUGUUGUUUCAGCAGAAACGCAGGGCAACCUUUAUCGGAAGAAUCGUCAAUGGACUCCAGCUCACUUGCUCUGUAGACACUGUGAUUGAGUUGAGUAGCAAAAAUGAUUAAAUUAAUAAAGGCCUUAGGCUAUGUCAGCCUUACUUGUUGUUGGAAAUAUAAUUUUCCUCUGUUGUUAUUUUGUUUAAAAUUAGCCUGAUGAUGUACUGAUGCAGUGUUUCUAACAGAGCGUGCUUUAAUCGCGGCGGCGCUAUGCUAUUGCUUGCAGUUCGUUAACAGAAGGACCUUGUCAUUUUUUUUUUCCAGUAAAACAGUACACGGUUGAACAACUCAAACAUGGUUUGCAAUCUAAGUGAUUAAAGACCUUUACGGUUUGUUUUGUUGUCUGGGAGAAAA